AAUCGGACAUUAAUUGUUCAACUCUAGCGGCAAACAGGCUAGCUUGACGGUUGCUAAUCUUGAUGAUAAGGGACCUUUUUCUGACGUUUCUGGACAAAAUUGCUUCUUUUUUAUCGCAAGGGUUUAUUCACCGUUCUGUGGCUCAUAUUUAUCCUAAGCUGUGGCUCCUCUUCUAACAGCUGGAGAUCUUAAGAGGCAGGUGUAAAGGAUGUCUUCAUCAGUCUUCUACAGCCAGGACAGUGCAACCCGUUUCAAGAAAAGAAAAGCUCGUUUUUCCUUCAGCGAAGUCCAUGUCCUGUUGGAUGAAGUGAGAAGGAAUCGUGCCAUUGUAGUGGGCAAAUUUAAUCGUGGAGUGGCGACAGAAACUAAGAAGCGGACAUGGGCAGAGAUUACAGUACGUGUCAAUGAGAUUGGAGAGUGCCAGCGUGAGGUCAUAGAGGUCAUCAAGAAAUGGUCUGACCUAAAGUGUGACACCAAACGGAAGGUGGCUGCCAUGCGGACGGGAACAGUGCCACACCGGGGACUGAACUCUCGUCUUUCCCGAGACCUCAGUCAGACAGAGAAGAUAGUUCUCCAGAUUCUGGAGAUGGACGAAGAUGAUGACCAGAGCACCAGUGACUUUGGCCCACUGGGAGAUGAUGACGACGUGCCAGAGGAGGAGGAAGAAAUGGAUGAGGAGGAUAUGAUUGGAAUGCAUAAUUCUCCAAACGGCGGUAUGAAUGCAACAUCAAUGCCACCACCACCACCUUACAGCACGAGUGGACUGACACAUUCAGGGGACUCGUCACAGCCUGCGUUUGAUGUGCAGUAUGAAGUUCCUCCACCUGAAGACACUGAAACUGGAUUCGGAGAUUCGGAUGAGGAACAAAGAGAAGAUUCGCGUUCUUCAUCUCAGGCAGCAAAAUCUGCAGCUGAUCAUCAAGUUAACAACGGCGUUCACAAACAAGGUCAGCCGCAGACAGCAGCCACGCUUCCUACGCCACAUCAGCCUCCGCUAAACACGAGGGACAGCCUGCUGCAGAACGCGUCCCUGAGCCUACAGGAGCAACACGCCACCAACAUCCUGCUAGAGACCGUGUCGCGCUCACUAGAGCUUCUGGCAGAGUCCGUGCAGCAGCUGGCAGAGACGCAGCAGGAGUUUGUGCGUGAGUCGUUGCAGCUGCAGCGGGAGACGGUGCAGGUUCUCAGAGACUUCACAGGUGGAGCCAUCACGCUCAUGCAUGACAAACUGAAUGGCCGGCCAGCAUUAUAACAGUCGGGUGGAGAGGUCAAAAAGCUGUCGCCCUGGGGAGUGGGGGUCCAACAAACAGAUUCCAGUGCUAAACUGGGACCAGUGCUCUUGUUGCAGGGAGGAAGUAGCGGGUGUAACAGUGCUUCAGCUUCAGGUGAGCAACGGCGUGUUCCGACUCAUUAAGGGCAGAACCAUAAAAACCAGCUUCAGUGAGUCAGAGGAACCGAGGAGGAACACGAGUGGGUUCUUCACCCAGGCUGGUCGCUGCACAGCUUUUAUUUCUGUUUCUAAUUCUCGUCAGGCCUUCGGAAACCAGGUGCUGGGUCACACCUGUUGGCAGCGCUGAUUAGAAGGAGCGGGUCAGAUCCACACCAGUCACGGGGGUCAGGUGGGCUCUAUGCAUCACUCUGCUGAUGGAAGCUAAACUGGACCGAACCAGUUGAGGACUGGUCCCAACACCUGUCCUGGUUUAGCGCUGGAACCUCUUUGGUGUAAAUGUUAGAUGGAUGAGUUGCACCUGGGUUUACUGUAUGUUUUACAAGUAAAAGAGGGAACAAAAAUUAACCAUAAAUUAGCUGCCAGUUAAUAUGCAUAUUAGUGGACUACUAAGUCUUAAUUACUCAUUAUUAAGCUAUUAUUAGGUGCUUAUUACUAAUGCUGUAAUUCUAACAUUAACAGGCUAUAAAUUCAACUCAAAAAAUACUUUAUAAAUCCCAGAGGGAAAUUGAUUGCUGUAGUAGCUCAGAAUAAUUAUAAUAAUAAUCAAGUCAUCAAAGGGUUAUUGUAUAUUACAAUGGCUGUUGGCAGGAAGGAUCUCCAGUAGCGGUCAGUGUUGCAGCAAAACUGAAGAAGCCUCUGACUGAAGACACUCUUCCGUUGUCGGACACUCUUGUGAAGAGAACGCUCAGGGUUGUCCAUCAUUUUCUUGAUUCUCUGGAGAUUCCAGAGAAAGAAUCUAAAUUUAAAUUAAGAGUUUUAUCAAAAUAAGCCAUUCAUAAUGGUUUGUUAACUGAAGUAAAUGAUUUGUUGCUGAUUAACGCACUUACUAAUUAGCCCAAAUCAAAGAAGUAAUUCGGGGGUAAUAGUUAUUCUGCAUUAAUAACCAAAAAUAUUAUGGUCUGGUAUUAUGUAAAUAAACACCAAACUCCACAUGUUAAUAGAGCCUAAACAACGAUCAAUUAACCACUUGUAAGCAAGAAUAUGUUCCCCAUUCUAAAGUCAGAUUUUGUUCAUACCUAAUUACUGGUAGUUUAGUAUUAAUUAACCAUAUAAAGGCAACAAUAUGUUCCCCUUGAAAUACUCCUUUAAAAGCCACAUACUGAUUUGAGCUAAUUAGUAUGUGUGCUAAUCAGCAACAACCGGUUUACUUUCAGUUAACAAACCAUUAUGAAUGGCUUAUUUAGAUACAAUUCUAUUUUAUUUUUAUUGGGGCGACGGUGGCACAGGAGCUAAGUGCUCGCGCCCCAUAAUUGGAAGGUUGCAGGUUCGAGCCCCGCUCAGUCUGUUGCUGUCGUUGUGUCCUUGGGCAAGACACUAACCCACAUUGCCUGCUGGUGGUGGUCGGAGAGACCGGUAGCGCCAGUGCUCGGCCGCCUCGCCUCUGUCAGUGCGCCCCAGGGCAGCUGUGGCUACAUCGUAGCUCAUCACCACCAGUGUGUGAAUGGGUGUGUGAAUGGGUGAAUGACUGAUUGUGUUGUAAAGCGCCUUGGGGGGUUCUAGGACUCUACAAGGCGCUAUAUCAAAUACAGGCCAUUUACCAUUUAAUUUAUGGCCUGUUGAUGUUAGAAUUGUGGCAUUGGUAAUAAGCACCUAAUAAUGACUAAUGAAGACUUAGUAGUCCACUAAUAUGCAUAUUAAUUGGCAGCUAAUUAAUGGUUAAUUUGUGUUCCCUAAACUGAAGUGUUACCAUAAAAGAUUUUCUGUGGUAAAUUUUAAAACUUUUGGUAGAAACGUCUGGUGGAUUUAAACAAAAAAACCUGUUAGUCCUACAGACCCGAGGGUCAGUGUUACUCACGAGGACGUCUCCACCUCUGCAGGUAGAGCUUUUCCAGCCUCUACGUGUCAACGGUUUUAUUUUUAUUCUUGUGUCAUUUACUGUUGUCAGCCCCUGCCCUGGUGUCCAGAGGUCAUCACCUGUACUGUAACGGUCGGCUGGAUUUCUGCUCAUGACCAUCAUAUGGUCCUAACGUCUGGAGCUGAAGACGGAUGGAAAUACCCGUGAAAGAAAAAUGACUGAUUAGAUUUUUUAUUACACACCUGAAUCGGAGAGCUUCAGCGAGUUCCUUUAAUAAAAGAUGUGGGGCAGAACUGAGGGUAUGUUGGGUGUGUGGACGUGUCUCCAAGUAGAAAUAAUUUAGUCCUGUUGAAUUUUCCAGGUGAGCUUCCUGAUUCCACACAGAGUGGAAAAGUCAGCAGACCACAGUGAUGAAUAAACCUUUAUUAACCCAGAACACAUCUUUCCUGCCGGCCCGUUCCACGUGUAUGUGAUAAACUAUGUGAGACUAUCUCGUCGGUCUGUCAUUCAAACACGAUAAUCAGAUCCAGGAUCAGAUUGGCGAUGAAAGAACUUUGACUCCAGGGGGCGCUGCUGCACCGUUUAGUCUGAAGGGACAGAAUACCUUGAAACCUCUAUUGAACCUGCUGGAGACGACAUGUCCUCAGUCACUGAUGUCUCUGGUUCAGUUUUCCACUCAGUAGGGAGUUAGGAGGACACCGACCUAGCCAGUGUCUCCUCCUAGCUUCAUCUCACAAACAGAAGAAUGUAGAACCAGACCCAGUCUGGGUUUUCCCACAUGGUCCAGGUCCGGAUGGGAAGCUGGCUGUUCUCAGCUCAGGUGGUCUGUCCAGGUGUCUCGGCCUGUCUCCCGUCCAAGCGUAAAUCACGUCUCCAUUCAGCUCUUUUAGGAAACACUCUUUAAAUGGAACUUUUCACGUCAGAAGCAGUUUUAGUCGUCUUUAGUUAGAACGAUCUCUGCUGGUCUGGUUAGACUUUUCACAUCUUGGUGACACCUGGGUCCUUGCUUCUGGACCGACACACCACAGGUUGUUUCUAGAGCCUUAAUUAGAUUUAAGUCAAAUUUAUAAACCAAAAUAAUCCUAAAACAACUUCAUAUAAGAAUCUCAUUUUAGGGUUCGUCAACUUUAAAACCACACAGGUGUGUUUGCUUCAGGACAGAGCCUUUUUGGCUUGUGGGUGGCUCUAGACGCGUCUGAAACCGACCUCACGGGCUCUGUUCUUCAUGAUGGUUACUGGAUUAAAUGAGUCAACUAAAUAUUCA